GUUCGGGCCGGGACAAUCCAUCCCAGCCGAGGACCGCCCAGCAAUGGAUAGGGCCUACGAACUCCUAAUGCAUUAUUUGGCAGAUCUCGAGGCGACUUCGACAGCCGCUCUACCGAGCAGCGCGCCGGACUCUCCAGUUCCCAGCUCAAUUGAUUUGGGCCUCCCAGCGACCGCGACACAGGAAGCAGAAACCGUCGCCGCGGGCGCACUCAUGCCGCCUUUCGGAGCAAUACCGGAAGGCCUAUAUGCCUGGCACCCGAAUCCAGUGUACGAAGCACCGGCGGAGGAACUUGGCCUCAAUCGAGGUUCAUUUGAAGAGCAUCCACUUCCAACAAAUCCCCUUUUAGAUGUCUUGUCUUAUCCUACCGGAGAUUUUCUCAAUUCGUACCUUCCAUACGGGUAUCCAACUCAAGGGGACCCUGCUCAAGAGUACGAGUACCCGACUCAACAGCAUCCCGGUCCUGAAUAUCCCAGUCCUAUGGAUCCCACUCAAAUAGACCCCAGCCAGGGUUACCCUCCUCAAGUAUUUACUCUAAGCAGCCCCUCUCAUAGGGUGCGCCGUACAUCCGCUGCCACCUCCACCCCUCCGCCGGCUCCGGGACGCCAAGACAAGCACCACCAGUCCGAUGACAUUGAAGAAGCCGAUUUGUUUAAGAAGCGAUUGUAAAUAUCGGUCAUCUUGAUUUGUUUCAUUAGGCGCUAUUGAAUGGGGGUUUGUUUUUCCCUUUCGCAUGACUUUCGAUUGUUAGAAUUUCUCACGCCUGGGUUGGAAAUGGGAUGUUUGAUGAAUUGAUGAUUAAAUUGCCA